UCAAGGAACAAAGAGCAGUAUUUCCAAGAAAAGGAAGUGGCUUCUGUCUGGAAGUGCUUGAAAACGGCCCGGCACUAAAUAUCCUUCAAACAUGGGACAAGCAGAGGCAAAACCCGAACCCGGUCUGCUGUCAAGAGGACGGCUCCGGAAAAGGAUAAAAGAGCACCUUCGAGGUAAGAGUGCUGGACGGAGUGGAGCACUGCAGCUUGUUCUAGUCGGUCCAAAAGGCUCUGGGAAGAGUUCGGCAGGAAACAGCAUCCUGGGUAAAAAGGCAUUUAAAACGGGAACAGCAAUACUUACCUGCCAGACCGAGAAAUGUGAGAUAGGGGGCCGUGCUGUGACACUAGUGGACACACCUGGCCUGACCGGCAAAGAAACCUCCGACCUGGAGGUGAUGGGGAUCAUCAGGAAAGCAUGUCAAGAUCUUCUAGAAUUGCCGGUCGUAUUCCUGUUGGUGCUGCCUUUAGAGUGGAACAUGAAAAGGUCAGAGGACGGUCAACACAUGCUCAGACAUGCACUUGGCAAAGUUUCAGUGGACCAUUUGAUGGUCCUUGUCACCCACACAGAUCAGGUCGAGCAGGACGGGUCAGAGGAGGAAAGCGUCCUACGGAAGGGAGGAUCUUUGCAGUUGACCGUGAGGCAAUGCGGCGGAUGGUUCCACCUGUUCAGCAUUGCCAAGAGUGAUGGUACCCAAGUCUUAGAGCUGGUGGACAAACUUGACAGGAUGAUGCGGGAGGGCAGAAAGACCCAAAAGCUUUAUGCCAGUUCAGAAGAACAAACUGCAGAAUCCUCAAAAGCAUCAGACCAAUUCAAGGUUACACACCAAGAAGCUCAGAAAAAGAAGAAAACGCCAAAGCCAGAACCUCACUCACUUGAGGAAGAUAAAAGAAUGGGUACAGAGAGAGCAGGAGGGAUGUACUCAGUCAGAAAGAACCUACAACAACUGGAAGAUCAGAUGAAGAGUAAGAGAGAGGAGGAAGAGGAGCUGAUGAGGGGCCGAAAUUCAGAGUACAAAGCGCAGCUGCAGAAAAUAAGAGAGAAAAUAGUAACAUUAAAGGCAUGAUUAAUUGAGCAUUGAUAUCUUUCAAUCAUAUCAUUCAAUCAAUGUCUGAGAACAGGACCAAGAAAUGUUUUUGUCAGCUGGAUCUAUACAAUUGUUUGAACAGGCCCAGGCAAAUGACAUUGUUUGUUGAUUUUCUAAGUGAAAAUAAGUUAACACAUCCUUUACAGGGAUUACAUGUAAAUAUGAAAUUUUUGUGCUAAUUUUAGGGUACACUUUACACUUUUUAUUUAUUUGUUGAGUUUGACAUAUUGUAAAAAAUAAACAUAAAAUAUAACUUUUGCACAGGCCACAUUUUAUGCAUUUUUCCCCCCAGUAUGCUAAAUUCAGUAAAUCAUGCAUCAAAAUGGGCAGAAGUGUGUUCUCUGUAGAGGAUGUGUACUUAUAUUCACUUAAAAAAUCAAUGCAAUUUGAGCAAGGAUGCCCAAAUUUUGAGUAUGACUGUACAUACAAGGAGACAUUUUAACUUGUUUAAAGGAAUCAGUUUUAGCAUUUUAUGAAAUUGAAAUUUCAGCUGUGUAUGAAUUGGAAAUUUAUCCAAAUAUCCUGUAUGUUCUGAAAAAUAUUUUCUAAAUCAUGAAGCCAUAUAUUUCAUUUAAAUGCUAACACAUUUGUACAGUUUAAACAGAUCAAAUGAAAUGUUGUUGUUUUUAUAUGUGAAA